CUGAUGGCCUCCGCCAAGAAGGUCAAAGGUCUCGCCUUUCAUUACAAACAAAUCGUGGCCAUUGCGGCGAAAGAGUUCAGGCUUCGCGGGCGAGCCGUGCUGCCCAUGCUGGCGUGGAUCGUCCUCCUGUUCGCCGUCAGCGCCGGCACGGCCCUCUGGGAGUACCCCGUGGACGACACCGACGGCUGGCGGGACGCGCCCCUGAUGUUCGCGCUGAACAACCAGACCGCCACCGUCACCCACCUGACGGUCAGCGAGGGCGUCGCCGCGGGCUUCGCGGACGCUUACAGGGGGCAGUUUGAGGCCCUCAAUGAAACGAACCGGCUCGUCGAGUUCAACAGACCCCUGGUACAGAUGUGCCCUGUCCUCGAUAACUGUGUGGUUUGUACCAGAGAUGGGAAUCGAAACCUCUUUUAGAAGCUCGGUUCGGUUCAAGUUCGGUCGUCAACAGGGUUCGGUUUCGGUGUGCUCGGUUGGGGUUCGAUCCGGUUCCCAUCUCUAAGUUGUACAAUGCUCCGUCGAAUUGUUCUUUCGUUUUAUAUGGCCUAGGAUGCUGUUAGUUUAAAUAAUCCAGUGCCGUGGACCAGCUCUUCUUUUUUUUUUUUUUUGUCACACUAUUACCAAAAAGGGGCUAUUAUGACACAAGGGUUUUUAUGACAUAAUAGCUACAUGGACGCAAAGACACAUCGGGGCAUUAGUGACAGCAUUGUAGCUUUGAUUAACAUCAGAGCAUACAUGACCAAGGGCAUUAGCGAUAGCACUGAAGCUUUCAGUAACAUCAGAGAAUACAUGACCAAGGGAAUUAGUGGUAGCACUGUAGCUUUCACCAACACCAGAGCAUACCUCGCCAAGGGCAUUAGUGAUAGUACUGUAGGUGUUCAAAAAAUCUUAAUGAGGUUGCAAAACUGAUUUAUUAACUGUCCAUCUCUUUGUUGAGAGGGACAAAAAAAAAGAAGAAAUGAUAAGAGUCCUAGGGCCAAACAAGCUCACUCAUAUCCGUCACCUGUACCAUGCAACCUGGGUGAUUUUGCUGCAUACCAUCGUUGACCAUCUGCCUGCAGAUCUGGCAGAAUUGUUGUCCUGUGACUGCCCGCGGCCUUUAUAGUUGUUAAUUUUUAUGCUAUAAAGUGGUGUAGUCAUUGAACUGUAAUAAGAAAUGCGUUCUACAGUGUGAACUAGUAGUACAUACCUCUUAAUUACUUAUUUCUUUAGUACCUACCUCUUUAUUACUUAUUUCUUUAGUACAUACCUCUUUAUUACUUAUUUGUUUAGUACAUACCUCUUUAUUACUUAUUUCUUUAGUACAUACCUCUUUAUGACUUAUUUCUUUAGUACAUACCUCUUUAUUACUUAUUUCUUUAGUACAUACUACUUUAUUACUUAUUUCUUUAGUACAUACCUCUUUAUUACUUAUUUCUUUAGUACAUACCUCUUUAUUACUUAUUUCUUUAGUACAUACCUCUUUAUUACUUAUUUCUUUAGUACAUACUACUUUAUUACUUAUUUCUUUAGUACAUACCUCUUUAUUACUUAUUUCUUUAGUACAUACCUCUUUAUUACUUAUUUCUUUAGUACAUACCUCUUUAUUACUUAUUUCUUUAGUACAUACUACUUUAUUACUUAUUUGUUUAGUACCUAUCUCUUUAUUACUUAUUUCUUUAGUACAUACCUCUUUACUACUUAUUUCUUUAGUACAUACUACUUUAUUACUUAUUUCUUUAGUACAUACCUCUUUAUUACUUAUUUCUUUAGUACAUACUACUUUAUUACUUAUUUCUUUAGUACAUACCUCUUUAUUACUUAUUUCUUUAGUACAUACCUCUUUACUACUUAUUUCUUUAGUACAUACUACUUUAUUACUUAUUUCUUUAGUACAUACCUCUUUAUUACUUAUUUCUUUAGUACAUACUACUUUAUUACUUAUUUGUUUAGUACCUAUCUCUUUAUUACUUAUUUCUUUAGUACAUACCUCUUUAUUACUUAUUUCUUUAGUACAUACUACUUUAUUACUUAUUUGUUUAGUACCUAUCUCUUUAUUACUUAUUUGUUUAGUACAUACCUCUUUAUUACUUAUUUCUUUAGUACAUACCUCUUUAUUACUUAUUUCUUUAGUACAUACUACUUUAUUACUUAUUUGUUUAGUACCUAUCUCUUUAUUACUUAUUUGUUUAGUACAUACCUCUUUAUUACUUAUUUCUUUAGUACAUACCUCUUUAUUACUUAUUUCUUUGGUGCAUACUUCUUUAUCAAUUAUUUCUUUAGUACAUACCUCUUUAUUACUUAUUUCUUUGGUGCAUACCUCUUUAUUACUUAUUUCUUUAGUACCUAUCUCUUUAUCAAUUAUUUCUUUAGUACAUACCUCUUUAUUACUUAUUUCUUUAGUACAUACCUCUUUAUUACUUAUUUCUUUAGUACAUACCUCUUUAUUACUUAUUUCUUUGGUGCAUACCUCUUUAUUACUUAUUUCUUUAGUACCUAUCUCUUUAUCAAUUAUUUCUUUAGUACAUACCUCUUUAUUACUUAUUUCUUUAGUACAUACCUCUUUAUUACUUAUUUCUUUGGUGCAUACCUCUUUAUUACUUAUUUCUUUAGUACCUAUCUCUUUAUCAAUUAUUUCUUUAGUACAUACCUCUUUAUUACUUAUUUCUUUAGUACUUAUCUCUUUAUCACUUAUUUCUUUAGUACAUACCUCUUUAUUACUUAUUUCUUUAGUACAUACCUCUUUAUUACUUAUUUCUUUAGUACAUACCUCUUUAUUACUUAUUUCUUUAGUACCUAUCUCUUUAUCACUUAUUUCUUUAGUACAUACCUCUUUAUUACUUAUUUCUUUAGUGAAUACUUCCGUAUUACUUAUUUCUUUGGUGCAUACUUCUUUAUCAAUUAUUUCUUUAGUACAUACCUCUUUAUUACUUAUUUCUUUAGUACAUACCUCUUUAUUACUUAUUUCUUUGGUGCAUACCUCUUUAUUACUUAUUUCUUUAAUACCUAUAUCUUUAUCAAUUAUUUCUUUAGUACAUACCUCUUUAUCAAUUAUUUCUUUAGUACAUACCUCUUUAUUACUUAUUUCUUUAGUACAUACCUCUUUAUUACUUAUUUCUUUAGUACAUACCUCUUUGUUACUUAUUUCUUUAGUACAUACCUCUUUAUUACUUAUUUCUUUGGUGCAUACCUCUUUAUUACUUAUUUCUUUAGUACCUAUCUCUUUAUCAAUUAUUUCUUUAGUACAUACCUCUUUAUUACUUAUUUCUUUAGUACAUACCUCUUUAUUACUUAUUUCUUUAGUACUUAUCUCUUUAUCACUUAUUUCUUUAGUACAUACCUCUUUAUUACUUAUUUCUUUAGUACAUACCUCUUUAUUACUUAUUUCUUUAGUACAUACCUCUUUAUUACUUAUUUCUUUAGUACCUAUCUCUUUAUCACUUAUUUCUUUAGUACAUACCUCUUUAUUACUUAUUUCUUUAGUGAAUACUUCCGUAUUACUUAUUUCUUUGGUGCAUACUUCUUUAUCAAUUAUUUCUUUAGUACAUACCUCUUUAUUACUUAUUUCUUUAGUGAAUACUUCCGUAUUACUUAUUUCUUUAGUACCUACCUCUAUAGUACCUAUUUUGUUAGUGCAUGUUACUUUACUUAUUAUUAAAUCUAAUCAUUUUUUGACGAUUUUUCCAAGCCUUUUUUUUUUCCAAAACCUCCUAACCUUGUCCCCAAGCCGUGCAUGAUAAUAUAAAGUCUGUAGAAGUUAAGACGUCCAUUUGUCCAUCCUCUUGUCCAUUGUACCGGUCUUGUCCAGUGUACCGCUCUUGUACAUUAUACCACUUUGUCCCGGUCUAAUCAAUUGUACCGGUCCUGUACAUUAUACCACUUUUGUCCCAUUAGUCGAUUCUCUUGUCCAUUGUACUGGUCUUGUCCAUUGUACCGCUGUUGUCCAUUGUACCGCUCUUGUCCACUGUACCACAGGAUGUCGACACGUACCUGAAGCAGUGGGCUGAGGAAAACUUUGAGGAAUAUUCUCGAGACGUGUACGUAGGGG